AUGACCCUCGAAAACGACGCGGUCGCCGGUGCCACAAUUGAGCUCCUCGAGACCCGUCUGCGGCGUCUCACAUACCUCUUGACCGGCGAUGCAAACUGGACUGGCAAUCCCACGCCGCCCGCAAAGCCCGCAUCUCUCGAUGACAGCGUCUCGCGCCGUCUUCUUCGCCUAGAAAGGGACCUGGAAAAGCUGAGCAGAAACAUCCCCGCCGUUAGAGAUGUUCUGAGUCUCCACGACCGCUUCCCCGACCUCUUCCGCCAAACACCUUCCAAAUCACUCCCUGAGAAUCUAUCGACGCAGAACCUCGCCUCGAUCGUCCUAUCCUACGCUUCUGCGUUCCCUGAAACCGCCUCCCGACUUACUUCGUUGAAUGACCUCCCCAUCCCGGACGCCGAGACUUCAGCGUCGCUUAUCCAGCUUCAGCCACGACUGGACCAGCUGGCGCGAACUCAGGAGGACCAGGCCAAACAAAUCUCCGAGCUACGUGUGCGGUCUGCUCGAGUCUUGCAGCGAUGGUACGAAGUGGCGCUGGUUAGUGGCGGUGAAUGCUGGGCCGAAUGGGAAGGAAGACUGGAGGAUGUGGAAAGGGAGGUCAAACGGGAGGAAGUGGUGAGGGAGCGGCGAGCGAAGGAGUUGUGA